GCGCUAGGACCUUGAGGGAGGGCGCAUCAACAUUUCUUUUCAGUUACAUUUGCACUUAUUUUGUCGGUUUUGAGAACUGAGCAGCCUGGCGACCUUCACAGAAGGAAAGUCACAUUCAUUACGAAUAGACUGUAGUGUAAGAGCCUGCGGGACUAGCAUCGUCCCUUAACUUUAUUGGACAAGUAUCUUAACAAGCACGUUACUGAAGUGAAAGACCCCUCCGCUGGACGCAUCAAAGAGAUACCUGUCUGUCACGCACGAGAUGAGGAAAAACUGGGACCUCAAAAAACAGUCUCUUUGAAGGCUGAGAGGAUGUGUACGGGAUUUGAAGACUGGUUCCGUUAAGCUGUUUUAUCUUGGAGUGUUGUCCGACACAACUAUGACACCACAUGAAAACUGUAGCCCUCGUCUCUCACUGUCAGUCCUGGUCCUGUGGCUCCUCCUGCCCCUCUUGCUGUCAUCCCGGCCCCCCCCUCACCAGCACCAUGUCCACCUCCCCUCUCUGGUGCCCCAUGCCCCUAUGCCUCUGACCCGAUCACGCUUCAGUGCUCAUACUCAACUGGACUUCACCACCCACUGCAAUGCCAGCUGCUUCCACAAGGGCGAACAGGACAGUGACAGAGAGCACCUCACGGAGAAACUGGCAUUUGAGACGUUGUAUGCCGACGGUUCCCGCACCCUUACUGCUGUGGAUGUGGAGGAGGAGGAUGAGUUUGAGGGUCCUCUCAGCCCUGUCCAGCCUCCUCCCAGGAGAGGACGGAGAAUUCUUGGUAAACACACCCGUCAGAGGAGGCAGAUCUACGGGGCAGAUGGCCGUUUUAACAUCCGUGGUGACCACUUCCUGUUGGACUACCCGUUCUCCACAGCAGUCAGGAUCUCCACCGGCUGCACUGGAGUCCUUGUGUCCCAGCGUCACGUCCUCACAGCCGCUCACUGUGUGCACGAUGGGAAGGAUUAUGUCAAGGGGGCCCGUAAACUGAGAGUAGGCUUUCUGACCCCUCCCUCCAUCAACGGCACCAAACUUGGAGGCCAGACCCCCACCAAAAAGCCCCUGGUGCGCUGGGUCCGUGUCAAGCGCACCCGUGUCCCUAAGGGCUGGAUUCAGGGUCCCCAGGAGGUCAGCAUGGAUUUCGACUACGCCCUGCUGGAGCUGCGCUGGCCCCACCGCCGGCCCUUCAUGCGACUCUCCGUGGCUCCCUCCUUGGAGGACCUCGCCGGGAAGCGUAUCCACUUCUCUGGCUUCGACAGUGACAGGCCUGGGGAGCUGGUUUACCGUUUCUGCCCUGUGGAGGAUGAGUCCAACGACCUGAUCUACCAGCACUGUGACGCCCGGCCAGGGGCCAGCGGCUCUGGGGUGUACGGCCGUGUGUGGGACAACGCCCUGGAGCGCUGGGAGAGAAAGGUGAUCGGCAUCUUUUCUGGACACCAGUGGCUGGAAAUAGAUGGAGAGAAUCGAGACUACAAUGUGGCUGUGCGCUUCACCCCUCUUAAGUUUGCCCAGAUUUGCUACUGGGUGCAUGGGAACCGCAUGAACUGUAGUCAAGACUGAGAGAGAUGGCUGGACUAAGACAGGAUGAAGGCUUUGAAGACGCUGAUGAAAGUAAUUAAAAUAAGCACAAAGGAAACACGAGGAAGAGAACAGGCUUCCUUUUUUCCUUUAACAAAGGACACAAUUGAAAAUGGAUUUAAUCCUAAUUAAGAUUUAAAAUCUAAAAUACUAUGUAAGAAAACUGUUGUUUCUUGUCCUGAAAAUUCAAGAAUGUUCCUUCUGGAUCUGAUUUCAUUCCUUAAAGUAUUUUCUCUCUCAGAUGAACUAGUCACAGUGACAGUGUCCUUUCACAGGUCUGCCAACAAACGAGUCAUCGCAGCAGCCUUUAAUGCACUUUUCCUCAUGGUCAGACUUAGAACACUGCGUCAGAGUUUCCAUACCAUAUUAAAGAAAAUCUAUUUCACAAGUUGAAACACACUGAUACAUCUUUUACAUUUGCUCUGUGUGACUUCUGUAGCAUUAGAGACUAACUGUGGAAGCACCAGUUUAGGACCAACCAUAGGAGACAA